GAACGGAUAUAGCUUCCUUACUUUGAGAACUUUCUCUUGGUUGGUGAUAUCGUCCGUUAUCAAAUUAUAUUUUAUCAGAAAAUAGAGUAUCAAAGGGUAAAGUACCUACUGCUAUGGGAGAAGAGUCCGAGGAGACUGAUGGGACCCGUUCCCCGGAGAAAAAUGAAGACGCCAAAGAGACUCAAGUCGCUCGGAUUUCUAGGAAGUUAGCGGAGAGUCAACAACUCAUUGACCGAGUCAAAGAUAAAUUUACAGGCAUAGACACCGCUAAGUUCACCAAAGGGGAUACCAAGUCGAUUACCAACGACAGUCGGGGCAGACGACCCAGUACUAUAUCACAAAGAUUAUCUGCGAGCGGCAACAGCAGUCGAAGAUCGAGUCUCUCGGCAAAGGGAAAGGAGUUGUUGAAGAAGCAUGUGAAUAUUCCCAGAGUCAAACAAGAUAUCAGGCCGAAACAGAAAGACCCCCUUCACCAAUGGAUGGUUGAGAACACCGGCGGCGUUCUGAGGGAAAAGUGUUAA